AUGGCAUCCCAUGAAGUAGAACCAGGGCAAUUUGACGAUGCUCCUGAAGAGAUAAACGGACGAGGGAACGUGGCCUACAUCGACACUGUGGACCCCAGCACUGAACCCCAACUUGACCUCGACGACCAUGCUUGGCCGCCUUCUUCAGACGAGGAAGACGAAGACCACGAUAGUUUACUAGACGAAGAUGAUUAUUAUGAUAAUACAAGGGUGGAAGAUGAAGAUUGGGAUAUCGCAGAACGAGAUUUCACGAAACAGUAUAACCGACUGCGACAACACGUCGCCGUAAAAACAGGCAAUGCCCAAGGUUCAGCGUCAGCAACGAACCAGAGCGCCUCUGUCGCCGCUCUCCCCGCUGUCAACAUCCCCAAGGCCGUCAAAGCUGCAAAACCCACCGCAGCCAUCCCGGCUGGAGUCGCUGCCAAAGAUCGAACGACCAGUCAGUUGGAGGAGUACACGAAGAAGUACUCAUCGAGGCUGGCGAAGAUUGAUACGCCGUUUACUAUGGGUGUGGGUGUGAAUAGGAAGGGACCGAGUGCGCAUGCGAAUAUGAAGGAUAAGAGUGAUAGGGCGACGAAUGAGCAGGUGCUUGAUCCUCGAACGAGGUUGAUCUUAUUCAAGAUGAUUGGGAGGGGUCUUAUCCAUGAAGUGAAUGGAUGUGUGAGCACAGGAAAAGAGGCAAACGUUUAUCACGCAACGACCCCCACCAAAGACCACCUCGCACUCAAAAUCUACAAAACCUCCAUCCUCGUAUUCAAAGACCGUUCCAAGUACGUUACAGGAGAAUACCGGUUCCGACGGGGGUACUCACGGAAUCCACGGAAGAUGGUGCGGUUGUGGGCUGAGAAGGAGAUGAGGAAUUUGAGGAGAUUGCGAGCUGCCGGGAUUGAGUCUCCUGAACCUGUUGAAGUUCGAGAGAAUGUGUUGGUCAUGACUUUUGUUGGUGAUAGGGAUGGAUGGGCUUCCCCUCGUCUGAAAGAUGCAGAGCUUACGACGGACCAAAUGAUCCCUCUGUACUCCAAUCUCCUCUGCCUCAUCCGCACCAUGUACCACGACUGCAAACUCGUCCACGCUGAUCUCUCCGAGUACAACAUCCUCUACCACGAAGGCCGCCUCUGUAUUAUCGACGUCUCACAGAGCGUCGAACACGACCACCCGUCCGCCUUUGAUUUCCUACGGAGCGAUAUCAAGAAUGUGGAGGAAUUCUUUGGGAAGGGUGGGGUGCAGACGUUGGGGAUUAGGAAGGCAUUCGAGUUUGUGACCAAGGAGAAGCUCUCGGAGGAAAACGAAGGGAUGUCACCGGAAGAGGUGUUGCAGAAAUGGUUGGAGGAGCAGAGGACGAGCGGGGGAGGUGAUGAGGUGGAGGAGGAGAAGAAGGCUGAGAUUGCGGCUCAUGAGGAUGAGGUGUUCAUGAAGUCAUACAUUCCCAGAACGCUGAACGAGGUGUAUGAUCCUGAGAGGGACGUGGAUAGGCUGACGAGAGGAGAGGGUAAACAGUUGAUCUAUGCCGAGACUAUUGGAGUGGUUGCGCCUGCAUCGGCGGAGAAUACGGCUGGGGAUAAAGAAGCUGCGCCUACAUACAACCCAAGCCAACAAACCGGCACAGACCCGGAUAAAGAUGGCGAAGAAGAGGAGGGCGACGAAGACGAGGACGGAAGCGAGGAAGAGGACGAUGACGAGGAAGAGGACCAGAAGAGGUUUGAGAAGAAGCCCAGAGGCCACAGACACGAAGACAAAGAAGCGAAGAAGGUUCGAGCAUCUUCAUCUAAUUAG